AUGGAAUUCAUGAAUGCAUUACUCGGUCAUGAAAGCAAACGAGGUAGCAAGUCUCACAUCCCGAAAAGGCUGUUCGGCCGACGCCCCUCGGAUGACGAGCUCACGGCGCUGGCGAGUCUCGUAGUCAAGGUCAUUAUCAGAGAUGCUAGCCCCUUCGCGCGUGAUCAAAUUGUCCUAAUUGUUGAUUAG